GCCCGGAGGCGGGCGUAGGUCAGGGGGCGGAGCCUGCGGCUGCGUACUCGCAAGCUCCGCCCCUCCAGCGCGCUUACGGAGGCGGAGCGCUUACUGUGGAAACAACCUGGCUCGGCGGCGUAGAAGUUAAGUCGUCUGAAGUCCCCUCCGACGUCGCGCCCAGCAUGGCGCCUGCUAACCUUGGGCUGACGCCGCACUGGGUGAUGCUCCUCGGUGCGGUGCUGCUGUUGCUUCUGCCCGGAGCCUCCGCGCAGGAACCUCCGCGAGUGGGUUGCUCUGAGUACACCAACAGAUCCUGUGAAGAGUGCCUCAGGAAUGUCUCGUGUCUGUGGUGCAACGAGAACAAGGCGUGCCUGGACUACCCAGUGAGGAAAAUCUUGCCCCCUGCUUCUCUUUGUAAAUUGAGUUCCGCUCGCUGGGGCGUAUGCUGGGUGAACUUCGAGGCCUUGAUCAUCACCAUGUCGGUGCUUGGGGGCUCUGUGCUCCUGGGCAUCACUGUGUGCUGCUGCUACUGCUGCCGCCGAAAGAAGAGCCGGAAGCCAGACAAGAGCGAUGAGCGGGCCAUGAGAGAGCAGGAGGAGAGGAGAGUGCGGCAGGAGGAGAGGAGAGCGGAAAUGAAGUCAAGACAUGAUGAAAUCAGGAAAAAAUAUGGUCUGUUUAAAGAACAAAACCCGUAUGAGAAGUUCUAAGGUGGCCGGCACACACUUGGUGGUGGAUCGUGCAGUUCCAGAGUUUCCUGGGAGUGCACUCCCCAGCAGAGCCUGCAGAGACCUCGCCACCAUGGCCACCCUAGAUCUGGGUGAUCCCUCCAGCCUCAACUGGCACCAGCGUGGCCUUGAGAGGACAAUCCUGCUCUUGUUCCCUCUGUGUCUGUAUGUAAUCACCUGAGACCUUAAUCUCGUUGAUGUCUUUUUUGGGGGGGAGGAAGUAUACUUGGUCCCCACACUCUGCAAGCUGAUUACGAAGCUGGCAGCCUGAGGUGCUGACUGGCUGCUGAGCGGCCUUGCUGGAAGAUUCACAUUGCAACAAGCAAGAGCCAUGUUUACUUUGUUAUGGCAAGAACUGACCACCACCCUUACUCCCUGAAGGCUGUGUUUUGUCUGUAGGCCCACUGCUGUGACACACCCUUGUUGUUUUAAUUUUGGUGGCCUCUUGGAAGGCACUGUCCCUAAGUCUGGUAAGGAUUGGCUUCCUAACCCAGCUCCAUCCAAUAGCACAAAAGCUUAUAAAGUCACCUGAAGUCUUUAAUAAUCUCUCAGGAAACAGUCCUACCAAAACCUGUCGUGAGACGUCCAGGCCUCUUGGAUGACAUUUUUCAUUUUCAGUCUAUACUAGACUGAGAAUCUUCCUGCCAUGGAAAACCUGAGCUCUGAAUUCAGUUUGAUCCUCGUGUGAGGGCUGAAUGUCCAUCUCGGGCCUCUCUAGCCACACUGGUGCACAGACUCCAGUGUCCUCAGAAGGGCUUUGUGUAGGGCCUUGGACAUCGCCCUCUACAAGUCAGGCAACUAUAUGUAUUGUGGAGGAUGAACAGAGUGUCCCCUGGCCAUCCUGUUGUGGGAGCUGAGUGUGUAGGCAGACAGGAGGACCCCACACCAUCCUGCCUUCCAGGAUAACUGCCUGAGCUGGCAUAGACACCCACCUCACCUCCACCCUGCUUCCGGCCGUGCCUCCUCACCUAUCAUGCCUGACACAUCCACAUGGGCCCUGAGAACGUUGUCAGGGGACACCUUCCAUCCACACUGUACAUUUCUUUGAAAUCCUGAUGUGUCCUAGUAAGCAGAUCACAACCCUGAUGGCAGGGUAAGGAGGAAAGAUAUUCCCCCUGGGAAAGCAGCCACCAGCAGAUGAGGUGGUCUUACUGUAGACUCCCUCAUGCCUGAGACCUCACCUAGCAGCUUGGUAACCUUUUCACCUGUCAGUCUGUCCAGGGAUUAACAUUUUCCUCUCAUCUGAUUUCCACAAAGUAAGGGAAUAACCUUUACCACAAUCUGGAGUCUUACCAUUUUUCUGCUUUGUUAGGCAUUUAAUGGAACUUAGAGCCUUGUCAAACAUUUCUUAAGUAUUAUAGCGGCCAUUGAGAGUUAUCUUUCUCCUGUCUGUUGAAAGGGAACCCUUCUCACAGGCCCUGAUGAACUUCAUGUUAAUAUGUCGCAUGUAUACAUUGUACCUGUUAGGUUGCUGAGCUGAUGUUAGAGUAUUUAAUUUUUCAGUGUAGGAAUGCAGCAGGUGCUUGUGGGAGUGGCCUGUGCCGCCUGCCUUUGAGCAGCAUGAAGAGAAGCCACAGGACCAAGCCUGACACCAUCACACCCAGUGCCUUAGUUUUUAACCACUGUCCAAUAAAAUGGUUGAAUAUGGCUUUGA